CUGAGAAUGUUUGCAGGGUAUCAUACUGGGGGUGCAGCUGAGCCGGACUGGGAUUUAUUGGACCAGGGAGCUAGUACUGGGAACUUGGGACAGCUUCUCAGAAGUCAAGAAUUGCACCUUGUCAGGUGAACAUGAACUCCCUGAGUUUGUGCAGCGGCCCCUCCAUCCUCCCCCUGCAUGAUGUCAUGCUGGAUCUCCACCAGCAGAUGGCACAGCAGUACAGCGUCUACUCCGCCGCCGGCCCCGCAGUGCGCACCCUGUCGGUGGCAGAGAGACUUGCAGAACUUAUAUUAGAGACCCGCUAUGGAAACCAGCAAAAGCAACGCCGCAGCCGCACAGCGUUCACCGUGCCCCAGCUGCAAGCUCUGGAGAACGCCUUCCAGCAGACCCAGUAUCCUGACGUCAGCAUGAGGGAGAGGCUGGCCGUGUGCAUCAACCUGCCUGAGGCUCGCAUUCAGGUGUGGUUCAAGAACCGAAGAGCAAAGUUUCGCAAAGGUCAAAGAUGUCCCGCCCUCUGCACAGAACAAAAGGAGGACAAGCUGGGAGAGGAUGUGGACCGAGAUGUAGACACUGAAAGCAACAUCCCACUCAAGCCAGCUCUGCCCCAACUUCCUGUGUCAGAUAAAAGACCAAAUCUUUGUCGGCGUACAGACGCUCACCUCUUCUCCAGGCGACACUGCCCUCCGCUUUUGCCUUUUAUCCCAGGCCGGAGUUACAGCCACUCACCUCACCAGCCUCUUUUCGGGAUGCUGUCCGCAGACUUUAUGUCUCCUCCGGAGUUCUGGCCUUUGGUCCAGCAGCAUAGGUCCUGCUUAGGGACUCCUACUUCAGUCAUUACGAAAAACUGCAACCUCUCCUAUCAAACUGCUUCUACCAAUAAAGCUUUGCUGCAUUUUAACCUGGGAUUGUAACAUAGUGAGUGAGUGAGUGAGUGAGUGAGUGAGUGAGUGUGUGAGUGAGUGUUCAUACUAGUCUUACUAGGGUCUGACAUUAUAAGACGACUCAAAUGUCACCAUUUAUUAAGAAUAUAAACAAGAAUUGAACGCGGUCAAAGCCUUAAUGAACAAGUGCCCCACCCCGGCCUCACAAGUGUUUAUGCUGAAGAUCCUCAGCCAUGACAGAUGUAAAGCCUCACUCAUAUUGUACAUAUUGUGAUGUUUCUUUUUUUUUUUUUUAGCAUAUGGAGCUCAUAUUUGUAUCUAUAGUAAUGACAACGGCGGCUAUGUAACAAA